AUGGUUCGAAUUACGUUGCUUUAUUUCUUUCUCAUCUUCCGCUGGUCAGUGGCUGUAAAUGUGGAUCUGUUGGUCGAUUUUCUUAAAAUAAAACAAUCUAAGAUAGUGUUAUUUUUCUUAUGUGAUCUUAGAAAAUCCCAGGAACUGCACUUUGCGAUGAACGAAAAAAAGGUUUUCAACCGAAUUGUGGACAUCAGUGGAGGACUCUAUACAAUGCCCCCGGAUAUCUUACCGUCCUCCAGCUAUGGAAGAACAUUGUGCGUAUUUGACUAUAGCUGUGAACGUUCAGGGUUGGUGUUGGGAAAUUUUUCAGAUUUUCACUUCUUCAACACAACCUAUAGUUGGUUGAUGUUUGCUAACGGAGGUUCAAAUGUUGAUGUUAGCAAAAUAUUGUGGGAAUUGAAAUCCAUUCAACUUAACUCGGAUCUUACGACAAUCGAAAGCGUUGUUGGUUCAAACGAGUCCGAUGGUCGCUAUACACUGAUAGAUGUCUAUGCCAAAGGGCGUCAUCUGUGUAAAGAUAUCUAUCAGCAUAAGUAUGCUGAAUGGGAUAGUCAGAACGGAAUUACCCAGCAACCGGACUAUAGUCGAUAUCAUGUGAGGGGCAAUUUUGACGGAAUUCAACUGCGUGGAAUUACCGUGAUUGAUCGAGAUAAUAUUACUUCGGACGACGUUGAUAGAAUCCUUUCGGUACCGGGUAGUGAACAGGGGAUAGUUGGGUUCGUAAAGUAUCACUAUUCGUUGCUUUCGAUUUUACGAGACUAUCAUAACUUCAGAAUAAAAUUUCGCGUCGCCAGAGGAUGGGCUGGUCGACUAAAAACCGGCUAUCGACUCGGUUUGCUUGGAAUCCUUGCCCGCAAUGAAGCAGAUGUCGCGGCAACGGCCAUUUUUCAAAGAAUCAACCGGCAUGCGGAGUUUGACGCUAUACACCAAAGCUGGGAAUUUUCAGCAGGUUUCAUUUAUCGCAUAACACCACAACUUAGUGCAUCUGGCGGCGGUAACUUUUUUACUCCUUUCGAUAAUAACGUUUGGAUUGCAUCAGUUGUGACGUUACUGAUUGUGAUUAUUGUGUUGAAAGCAGUUAGUGCCAUAACUUAUAGAAUUUCAAAAAAUGCACCAAAUAUUUCAAUUGUAACCUACUUCGUUGACGUCGUUGCAUCCGUGGCUCAGCAGGGCAUCUCGAGUCAAGUAUCUCUUAGAUUACCGAUUAGAAUCAUUAUAUUCUCACUUCUCUUCUUGAAUCUGGUGCUAUACAAUUAUUACACAUCAUCGGUGGUUGGAGGAUUGUUGAGUUCCCCCGGAAAAGGUCCACAAACAAUUGAGGAAAUGAUUGAAAGCCCACUUACGUUGUCUUUUCUAGACAUUGGCUACCAUAAGAUCUUGUUUCGCGAAACCAAGGUACCGAUAAUCCGUGAGCUGUACCAAAAGAAGUUGCAACCGUCGAGAGAAGGUCUGAACACUAUUCCGGUAUACACCGACGUGACGACGGCUGUACCGUUUCUGAAGAAGGGAGGUUACGCAUUUCAUUGCGAAAUGACCGAAGCGUUCGAGACUAUUGCGGAUCAGUUUGAUGGAAAUGAGAUUUGUGAGCUGCGUACGGCGAAAGGUUUGUUCGAAGAUUUAAGUUUGAUGAGUUUCGUGCUGCCAAAGAGAAGCAUGUAUACCGAACUUUUCAAAAUAACUAUGAUGCGUGCACAAGAAUUUGGUCUGGUGAAGCGAAACCUUAAAAUACAUCGAAUUGAGAAGCCGAUUUGUCAAUCCGGGAGUCGCGUUCAUCCGGUAGAAUUGUCCGGGGUGUCGUUGGCAUUUGCUGUUUUACUAGGAGGUAUAAUUGUGGCAACUAUUAUCGUUAUCAUUGAAAAACUAUUUUGGAAACGGGCUGCUAAACAACUAAUUCGAUUUUAUAUAGACUAA